GGCGUUCCCCGGCGGCCGCCAUGGCGGAGAGCGGCGGCAGCGGGCGGGGGCCGCCGGGCCCCGGGGCCUGCGCGGCGCUGCGGCGCUGGGAGCAGCUGCGGCGGGCGGCGGCCGCGCCCUGGGCCCGCGGGCUGCUGGCGGCGGCCGCCGGGCUCGGCCUGUUCUACGCGGCGCUGCGGGUCCCGCUGCGGCUCCGGGACAGCCUGGCGGCCGUGGCUGUUUUCUUAAGCACUUUGACUCCAAAAUUCUACUUUGCACUUACAGUGACUUCAUCUUUUAUAUCAGGACUGAUAUUUGUGUUUGAGUGGUGGCAUUUCCGAAAGUAUGGCACGUCUUUCAUUGAGCAGGUCUCUGUCAGUCACCUGAGGCCCCUCAUCGGUGGGGCAGAGAACAGCCCUGCAGCACCAGCAGCAUUCCUGGCUGGAGAGAAUGAGACCAGCAGGCAGAACAUGCCAGAGUGCAAAGUGUGGCGAAAUCCUCUCCAUCUUUUCAGAGGGGCAGAGUACAGCAGAUACAUGUGGGUGACUGGAAAGGAGCCUCUUACAUACUAUGACAUGAAUUUGUCUGCUCAAGAUCACCAGAACUUCUUCACGUGUGACACGGACGCGCUUCGGCCCUCGGACACAGUUAUGCAGAAAGCCUGGCGAGAGAGGAACCCUCAAGCCCGGAUUAAAGCAGCCUAUCAAGCUUUGGAGUUGAACAAUGAUUGUGCCACUGCAUAUGUGCUCCUGGCUGAAGAAGAAGCAACAACUAUUGUGGAUGCUGAGAGGUAUUUCAAGCAGGCUCUGAAAGCAGGAGAAAUGAUUUACAGGAGGUCCCAGAACUGCCAUUCCCAGAGUCCUCAACAUGAAGCACAGCUGAGAAGAGACACCAAUGUAUUGGUGUAUGUGAAAAGGAGACUGGCAAUGUGUGCCAGAAAACUUGGAAGAAUACGAGAAGCAGUAAAAAUGAUGAGAGAUUUGAUGAAAGAGUUUCCACUUCUCAGCAUGCUGAAUAUUCAUGAGAACCUCUUGGAGGCACUGCUGGAGUUACAGGCUUAUGCAGAUGUCCAGGCAGUUUUAGCAAAGUAUGAUGAUAUCAGUCUUCCAAAAUCGGCAGCAAUAUGUUACACAGCAGCCCUGCUAAAAGCCAGAGCUGUUUCAGAAAGGUUCUCCCCAGAAACUGCCUCCAAAAGAGGGCUCAGUACAGCAGAAAUUAAUGCUGUGGAAGCAAUUCACAGAGCUGUGGAAUUUAACCCUCAUGUUCCAAAGUAUCUACUAGAAAUGAAAAGCUUAGUGCUGCCUCCAGAGCAUAUUCUGAAACGAGGGGACAGUGAGGCAGUAGCAUAUGCCUUUUUUCACCUCCAGCACUGGAAGAGGAUAGAAGGGGCUCUAAACCUGCUGCACUGCACAUGGGAAGGCACGUUUAGGAUGAUCCCAUACCCGUUAGAGAAAGGUCAUCUUUUCUAUCCCUACCCAAGUUGCACAGAAACAGCAGACAGAGAACUGUUGCCAACAUUUCACGAAGUCUCCGUGUACCCACAGAAGGAGCUUCCCUUUUUCAUCCAUUUCACAGCAGGCCUGUGCUCCUUUUCAGCAAUGCUUGCCCUCCUCACACACCAGUUCCCAGAGCUGAUGGUCAUUUUUGCUAAAGCUUGCUUUGGGACUCUGCACCCUUCAGCUUCCUUGUGGAAAACAUCAAGGUCCUCCUGCUGUCCAGUCUCUAGCAUCUGCUGACUCCAGUGUGGCUGGGGGGUGUUUCUGUGGUGGUUCAGUUCCAUGGUUGUUCCUUUCCUUGUUCUCACAAGCCUCCCCCAGCUGGUUAGCUGACCCCUAAGCAUGGGGGCGCAGAGUAGAAGGCUGUGCUGUUCAAACUGGUGUCUUUGACAGGCUUCCAUGUUGGUAGUGGUGCUUAAUGUACGAAUUUCUUCUUUGGCCUUGGUCUGUAAUCAUCUAAGAAAAUAGUUUUUGUUGAGCAAUACCUUAUUGCUCUCUGAAUCUCCUGUACAACUGGAAGCUAAUACUUCCUCUGAAAGAAAGGAGACGAUGCAAACUGAACAGAUGUUUGGAAUAUUGACACUUCCUUCUCAGCUGCAGAUGCACCAGAUGAUUGGCUUAGAUUUAAUUUUAUAAGCCGUUUUCAAAAUAUUUGUUAACAGCAAAGUAUGGUUCUGCUUUCUUUAUUAAAAGAUUGCUGCUUAA